AUGUUUGCUGGUGCUCAGAUUGUCACAACGAAACUAGUCCCUCGUGGUCAACAAAAACCAAUAAUCGAUGCUGAAAAUGAAGAUAAAACUACACAAGAUUUAGUAAAUAUGACUAUAUUAGUACCACGAUCAAAAGCAGCUAUUGUUGUUGAAACUCGAGCAGAAAAAAUUGAACGAAAAGUUCUUGCACAAGAACGAAAACAUGAAAGAAUUGUUGAACAACAAAAAAUUGCUCAUCAUAUGGAAAAUUUAAUGGAAAAAGUUCUUCAUGAAACAUCAUUAUCAAAAAAAGAUGAAGAUAACUUACGUAGUAAAAUCAAAACUAUUAUGACUAAAGUAAAUAAAGAAUCAGACAAAAUCGAUGUCACAUCUCUUCAUCCAUCUAUUACUCAACGUCCAUUAUCAUCAUCAUCAUCUCAAACAAAAUCAGAUGUUGGAAAUCUGUUUAUAUUGAGUCUUGCUACGGCUGAUCUAAUUGUUGGUUGUUUUGUCAUGCCCAUAGCUGGUAUAUAUGCUAUAAUAGAAAAAUGGAAAAUGGGUCUCGUUCUUUGUAAAAUUUGGAUAUCUGUGGAUUUUAUAGCAUCAACAGCAUCUAUAUUUAAUUUAUUAACAUUAAGUUUAGAUCGUUACUGGUCUAUAACAUCUCCACUUCAAUAUCUUGGUAAACGAACACGUACACGAGCUUUAUUAUUAAUUGGUUUUGCUUGGGGUUUAUCACUUCUAUGGGUGAUACCAAUUUUUAGUUGGCAUCAUUUUAAUAAAACAAAACGAUAUAUUGACCCAAAUAAAUGUGAACCUGAAUAUACACAUUCAAAAGUAUUUAAAGUUUCAACAGCUGUGCUUAAUUUUUAUUUACCACUUCUUGUAUUAAUAUUAUUAAAUGGUCGUAUUUAUUAUGAAAUAAAACGUCGUUAUAAAAAUGUUCUUUUACAAAGACAUUCAAAUAGCAUGAAUAAUUUAAUGAUGAAUAAUAAUCAUAAUAAUAAUAAUAAUAAUAAUUUAUAUAAUCAUAAAUUAAAUUAUAAAAGACAAAAUUCAUGUUCACCAGCAACUGUAACAUUUGGUGAUAGUGAUCGACAUAUGUAUUCUUCAACAAUAAAUUAUACAGAAAAUGAUGGUCACGUUAUGUCAAAACUUUCAUCUAGAUCUUUAACAAAUAAUAAUGAAUCAGUUUUACGGAUUAAUUUUAAAGAGAAAAAGAAUCGACCAUGUAUACCAGUACGAUUAGUUGAUCAUUCAAAAACAUCAUUAAAACGUGCUUAUUCGUAUAUUGAUAAAAAUCAUUGUGAACAAGAUGAAUUAACAUGGUUUAUACAUCGUCGUGAACAUUCUCAUUCAUCAUUUACUCCGAUGUCACCAAAAAUUUUAUCAAACUAUAAAUAUAAUCAUAGUCGUUCUCAUCAUCUUGGUUUAAAUGAACAUUUAUUUAACCAGACUAAUGAUUACAAUUCAAAUCGAACGGAUUUAAAUAAACGAAAAAUAAAACGUAAUUCAUCGAAAUCAUUAUCAUUAUAUAAUAAUCAUCCUUAUCAAACAUCAUUUCAUAAUACAACAUUGUUACAUCGUCAUAAUUCAUUAUUAGAUUCAAUAAAAAUUUCACCUCCAUCAACAACAAUGAAUAUUUUUAAUUUAUGUCAUUGUUAUUCAGCAACUACAUCAACGAUUACAAUACAUUCAAAUUCAUUUGUAAAUAAUCAUAAGAAUUCAAAUCAUGAAUCAUAUAAUCAAGGACGACAAAUUUCAACAUCAUCAUUAUCAUCUGUUCUUCGUUCAUCAAUAAAACGAAAUCAACAACAAUCACAAUCGAUAUUAUCUUUAAAAAGAACAACAAAUAGUAUAACAUCACAUAUAAAUCCACAUUCAAUAUCUCAAUAUCAUCAUUAUCGAACAACAAAUGGUGUUAAACAAACAACAGUAUGGAAUCAACAAGAAAAAGCUUUUCGACAAUUAUUUGCAAUUGUAUUUGGUUUUACAUGUUGUUUUUUACCAUAUUUUAUUUUAUAUAUGGUAGUUGCUUUUUGUGGUUCAUGUGUAUCAGAACGAGUUGUUACAGCUACUAUAUGGCUUGGUUAUGUUAACUCAACAAUUAAUCCAUUUUUAUAUGCAUUAUCAAAUAAACAUUUUCGAAGAACAUUUAAUCGAUUAUUGAAACGAGAUAAUCGAUUACAAUCGUAUUAUAAUUAA